AUGGAUGGGAUUUUCGCCAUCGGCUCUAAUGGAUCUGGCCAGUUGGGCAUCGGCCACCACGAAGACGUCUCGGUGCCGAAGCCAGUGCAAUUCCAUCCCAGCCUGCCAUCCGAGCCCAUCGUCCAGAUGGCCGCCGGGGGCAACCACAGUCUUCUGCUCUUCCAAUCCGGCAAGCUGUACUGGAGCGGUGAUGCUGCGAGCGGCGCCGUUGGCAUAGCAUCACCGCCGAGUGAGCCUGUUUUUCAAGAGGUUCAACUCGGUGAGGGUGAUGGGUUGCACAUGGGGCACGUUGAUUCCAUAGCCGCAACAUGGGAGGCUUCGUUUGUUGUUGCACGGGACCAUCAGGGAAGGAGAGCAAGACUCUUCAGUUGUGGGACCGGUAUGAAGGGAGAGCUGGGCUCUGGAGAGCUCAUCGUGCGCACACCAACUGCAACCCGGAUCCAAGACUUCCCUCCUGCGGAUACCGAAAUCGUGUGUCUGGCGGCUUGCAUGGGACAUGUCGUGGCCGUCCUGAGCAGCGGCGACGCAUACGGCUGGGGGAAUUGCCGGAAAUCGCAAAUCGGGCCUCCGGGAGCCGUGGUGCAUUCACCACGCAAGAUCGAGGGCAUCGGCUUCGCAGUGACUAGGGCUGUUUGCGCCAAAGAAUCCACCUGCUUCUUCGGCGAACCCGAGAGCGGGAACAUACGUGUCUUGGGAUCGGAUAAGUGGGAGCUAUGUUCCAAGGCACCCGCGGCCGCUCCCGAGUGGACCGACGUUGGAGCCAGCUGGGGCAACUUCUACAUCUUGGGCAAGGAUGGUUCUCUCCUGAGUUGGGGCCGCGACGACCACGGUCAGCUGCCACCUCCGAAUCUCCCCCGUAUCCAAAAAAUUGCCACUGGCAGUGAGCACGUCAUUGCAUUGUCCGUGGACGGCGACGUCCUGGCGUGGGGCUGGGGCGAGCACGGUAACUGCGGUCCACAGGUUGAGCGAGAGGAUGUCAAGGGCCAUUGGAACGUCAUUGUCUCGUCCAAGUUCAUACCACCAGGCUGUCAGAUAUACGGCGUAGGGGCAGGGUGUGCAACCAGCUGGGUUUGCAUCAAGAGCGGUUGA